GCAAAUGGCUUCGUUCCCCGAGACCGAUUUCCAGAUCUGCCUGCUGUGCAAGGAGAUGUGCGGCUCGCCGGCGCCGCUCUCCUCCAAUUCCUCCGCGUCUUCCUCGUCUUCGCAGACGUCCACGUCGUCCGGGGGCGGCGGCGGAGGCCCGGGGGUGGCGGCGCGCCGCCUGCACGUCCUGCCCUGCCUGCACGCCUUCUGCCGCCCCUGCCUCGAGGCGCACCGGCUGCCGGCAGCCGGCGGCAGCGCCCCGGGAGAACCGCUGAAACUGCGCUGCCCCGUGUGCGACCAGAAAGUCGUCCUCGCCGAGGCGGCGGGCAUGGACGCGCUGCCUUCGUCCGCCUUCCUGCUCAGCAACCUGCUGGACGCCGUGGUGGCCACGGCCGACGAGCCGCCGCCCAAGAACGGGCGCGCCGGCGCCCCAGCGGUAGCGGGUGGCCACAGCAACCACCGGCACCACGCGCACCACGCGCACACGCGCGCGGCCGCCUCCGCGCCGCCUCUCCCGCCCGCGCCGCCGCCGCCUCCGCCCGCGCCUUCCCGCUCGGCUCCCGGCGGCCCAGCUGCCUCCCCGUCCGCUCUGAUGUUGCGCCGGCCCCACGGCUGCAGCUCUUGCGACGAGGGCAACGCGGCUUCGUCGCGCUGCCUCGACUGUCAGGAACACCUGUGCGACAACUGCGUCCGCGCGCACCAGCGCGUGCGCCUCACCAAGGACCACUACAUCGAGCGCGGCCCGCCGGGGCCCGCGGCCGCCGCCGCCGCUGCCGCCGCCGCCGCGGCGCAGCAGCUCGGGCUCGGGCCGCCCUUCUCCAGCUCGCCCUUCUCCAUCCUCUCCGUGUUUCCCGAGCGCCUCGGCUUUUGCCAGCAGCACGACGACGAGGUGCUGCAUCUGUACUGUGACACUUGUUCUGUGCCCAUCUGCCGUGAGUGUACAAUGGGCCGCCAUGGGGGCCACAGUUUUGUUUAUCUGCAGGAUGCACUACAGGACUCAAGGGCUCUCACCAUCCAGCUGCUGGCUGACGCACAGCAAGGCCGCCAAGCCAUCCAGCUGAGCAUCGAGCAGGCCCAGACUGUGGCAGAACAGGUGGAGAUGAAGGUGAAAGUGGUACAGUCAGAAGUCAAAGCUGUGACUGCCAGGCACAAGAAGGCCCUGGAGGAGCGGGAGUGCGAGCUGCUGUGGAAGGUAGAGAAGAUCCGCCAGGUGAAGGCCAAGUCUCUGUACCUGCAGGUGGAGAAGCUGCGGCAAAACCUCAACAAGCUGGAAAGUACCAUCAGUGCCGUCCAGCAGGUCCUGGAGGAAGGUCGGGCACUGGAUGUCCUGCUGGCUCGAGACCGGAUGCUAGCCCAGGUGCAGGAGCUGAAGACCCUGCGGAGCCUCCUGCAGCCCCAGGAAGAUGACCGGGUCAUGUUCACACCCCCUGACCAGACACUGUACCUUGCCAUCAAGUCCUUUGGCUUUGUUAGCAGUGGGGCCUUUGCCCCACUUACUAAGGCUACUGGUGAUGGCCUCAAGCGGGCCCUCCAGGGUAAGGUGGCCUCCUUCACUGUCAUUGGUUAUGACCAUGAUGGUGAGCCACGCCUCUCAGGAGGUGAUCUAAUGUCAGCUGUGGUCUUGGGUCCUGAUGGCAAUCUGUUUGGAGCAGAGGUGAGUGAUCAGCAGAACGGGACUUACUUGGUGAGCUACCGGCCCCAGCUAGAAGGUGAGCACCUGGUGUCUGUGACCCUGUGCAACCAACAUAUUGAGAACAGCCCCUUUAAGGUAGUGGUCAAGUCUGGCCGCAGCUAUGUGGGCAUCGGGCUGCCGGGCCUGAGCUUUGGCAGUGAGGGUGACAGUGAUGGCAAGCUCUGCCGCCCUUGGGGAGUGAGUGUGGAUAAGGAAGGCUAUAUCAUCGUGGCCGACCGCAGCAAUAAUCGCAUCCAGGUGUUCAAGCCUUGUGGCUCCUUCCACCACAAAUUUGGCACCCUGGGCUCCCGGCCUGGGCAGUUCGACCGACCAGCUGGGGUGGCCUGUGAUGCUUCACGCAGGAUCGUGGUGGCUGACAAGGACAAUCAUCGCAUCCAGAUCUUCACCUUUGAGGGUCAGUUCCUCCUCAAGUUUGGUGAGAAAGGAACCAAAAACGGGCAGUUCAACUACCCUUGGGAUGUGGCAGUCAAUUCUGAGGGAAAGAUCCUCGUGUCAGAUACGCGGAAUCACCGCAUCCAGCUCUUCGGGCCCGAUGGGGUUUUCUUGAAUAAGUAUGGCUUCGAGGGGGCUCUCUGGAAGCACUUUGACUCCCCACGGGGUGUGGCCUUCAACCAUGAAGGUCACCUGGUGGUCACCGACUUCAACAACCACCGCCUCCUGGUCAUUCACCCUGACUGCCAAUCCGCACGUUUUCUGGGCUCGGAGGGCACUGGCAAUGGGCAGUUCUUGCGCCCACAAGGUGUGGCCGUGGACCAGGAGGGGCGUAUCAUUGUGGCUGAUUCCAGAAACCACCGUGUGCAGAUGUUUGAAGCCAACGGUAGCUUCUUGUGCAAGUUUGGUGCUCAAGGCAGCGGCUUUGGGCAGAUGGAUCGCCCGUCUGGCAUCGCAGUCACUCCCGAUGGCAUGAUUGUCGUGGUAGACUUUGGCAACAAUCGAAUCCUCAUUUUCUAA